UCUUGCUCUACAUUUAAUUUAUUUUUUGCAAAAUAAAAAAAAACUUGCAAAAAUUACUUGCAAUUUGUCUCAAAUUCAUGGAAUCUUUCACUUGGGAAAUUUUCACAUUUCACCCAAUUAGCCCAGAAGCCAAUCUCUCAAUUGCGAUCUCUAAUUAGAUGCAAAAGAAAAAAUAUAUAAUGUGGAGGGGAAAUAUUGAAAUUUCAUUGAUGCAACAUGAUUUUAAUUAAUAAAUUGUGUGGUUAUAUUGAGAGAUUUUUUUUUAAAUUCAUUUCUUUUACAAAACUCUCGUAGAACAUCACAACACCCUUCCACAUCAUUAGCCAAUUGAGUAGUGUUGGUCGAGAGUGAUUAUAUAUUGGAGAUAAUUUGCACAAGUAAUGCAAUAUAGAUAUUACAAGAGUUUUUCUUUUAAUAUAUUUGUAACAUAAAUUGAGUUUUUUUCUUUAUAAAUCCUGAAGUAAAAAUCUUAUUUUAUUCCCUAUAGUCAAUGUUUUCCGAAAGUUUUCUUGUUUUAGUCCUUUUACAUGUUUUCAUUCAUCUCCAAAAUGCCCACAGGAUUUUCCACGUGCAAAAAAAUACAAUUAAUUUGGAAAAAAAGUGCGAGUUGAAGAGUAAAAUAAAUGACGUUGGAGACAGAUAAGUGAAAGGGAUUUUCUUCAUGUAUAAGCAUAAUGUUGUAUGUGAAAUGACCCUUUUGAAAAUGCCACCAUAUAAUCGCACCCACGAAUUUCACUGCACAUGAUUUAUGAUAUUUUAAUGGAAUUUUUUUUCUGUUUUUCGAGAAGAGAAAUAUUUAUUCCAUCAAAUGCAUUUGUUGAGAGAAGUAUAAAUUUUAUCUCAUAUGUGUGUGCUCAUGAACAAAAGGAAAUGUUUCUCAUCUGUGAGGUCUUUUAUCAUGAACACAUUUUCUUGAUGCGAAUUGUGCGGCAAAUUGAAGGCAGGAAGUUGUGUUAUGAAAGACCCCACACUAUGGGGCACACAGAUUUUGCUCCUUCUAAACAAAAUGGAGCAGAGAGAUUGUUUUAAAGAAGAAAAAAAAGCACAGAAGAGAAUAAUUUGUGUGUUUGAAGUGCAUUGAAUUUCAUUGAUAUUUGUGUCGUUUUGGUGCAGCAGCAUGAGGAGGUGAGCCACAGUUGAGGAGGAAGCUGUAUACGCGCGCGGAGGAAGCCCACGUGAAGAUUGUGGGUGACAUGGGAGGUAGUUUAUAUUGCAAAAUAAUUUUCAAUUUCAAGCACGAAGAUACGCGGUAAGAGAGGAAAAUUAUCGAGACUCUCAUGAUCGUGGCUAUUCCUUUACGAAGCCAAUGCAGCAUUUAUUGAUGAUGGAAUUUUCAAUUCAUCAGACCAUAACGUCUGUUCUUCGUCUCUUUUUUUCUCUCUCAAUCAUUCAUUUCCUCCCCGGGGGGUGGAUUUCGCAGACUUUUUGACUUGCCAAGUGGAAACAUUGUUGUUUGUGUAAAUUCAUAACUUCUCUGAGUGAUUUCUCAGAGAUUCCCCUCCUCGGUCAAUUUUCCUCCUUUUAACGUCUUUGGUCAAGCUUUACCUUUCGUGAUCAUGCUACAUAUAAUGCUGCCUUGCUAAGAAAUACUUAUAUAUGAUGGAUCCACCAGAGAAAUUCUAUAUUUCACUGAUUUCGCAUAAAAUAGAAGAAUGUGCACGAUAAAUUAGCAGAGUGAAGAAAUAAUAUAAUACAACAUUGAUUCAACCAGAGAGAUCAUACAGUUAAGAAUUGUUCUCAUUAAGCAUUUGUGAAUCACCACACUGCACAGAUUCCGCGUAUACAAGAAUCUCUUGCAUUUUAUAAAAUGAAAUAAAAAAUAGGAAGGAAAAGAAGUUGAAUUUUAUAAAAAAAAAAGUUAGAAAUGGUUGCUGCCCCUCCUUCAUUUAACAUAAACACAUGGAAUUAAUUGUACAAUUAAAAUAAACUCUGAAAGAGAUAUUUUUUCAGUUCUAUUUGAAGAAGAAUAUUUUCUUUUAUCUUCAAGACACCCCACAUCGUCUCUUUUUUUUCAAGAAUUCUGAAGAGGAGGAAUAAAAAUUGUCUGAGAGUGUGAAUAAAAUAUUUGUAUAUUCACAUAUUGAAAGCAAUUAACCAGAUGACAUCAUUUUCACGAGACAGAGAGAAAGAGAAUCCUCUUCAUGCUCAAGUUGAAAAUAGAUUUUCAUGAGAAUUAACCAGACACUUUUGAAAUCCUCUCCCGGAAAAGUGAUUGAGCGGAGUGGUCUUCUAUUGCCAAGCUCAAGUGGCCCAGAAAACUCAAUUUGCAAAAUCCUAAAGUUUUUUUUUUGCACACAGAGAAAUGCUUCCUCCAUUUAGAUACAAAAAUAUUUGAUUUUCUUUCAUUUAUUCUUUCAAUUUACGUUUUUGUAACAAAAAAGUGCAAAAAACGAAUUUUAAGAUGCUUCGAAAGGAUUCAGGUAAAAUCGAAGUUUCGAAAUAAGACUGAUUCUUUGGACAUUAAUUUCCCAUAAAAAUACUUGGUGUUGGUCACGAAAUGGAACACCAACUAGUAUUUAUGAUCUUUAAACGAAUAUUCUAUAAGAAAAUUUCGUGUAAGGAAAUUAUUAAAAAUUAUAAAAUUAAUGCCAAAUAAUUUUUAAAAUCAAAAAUCUUCUCAUCCACAAAAAGUCAGCGCCAUCUAUUGGUAAAUGCCAUUGCGUUAAUAUGGAAAAUUUGUCUGGCAUUGUAACUUAUUUAGAGUUAGAAUUUUUUAAAGUCAGAAAUGUAAUUUUCCUCUCGUAAGACUUUUAAUGAGACAUGAUUUCUUACUUUCCAUGCUUAUUAUUUUUCUCUGGGAAUUUCAGUUAUUUUCUCACAAAAAGUAUUGAAUAUGUAGCAUAAUUUUCCUUAAAAAAAAUUGCAAGGAUUUCCUAAUUUUCCGUUUUUAUUUGAAUGUUAGAUUUUUAAUGAGUUCAAACUUCAAACGUUGUAUCUGUAUUCAAACUUAUUUCUCUCAGUGUACUAACAUAUUCUGCUAAUGGGGGCUAAUGGGUUAAUUUGUGCACAUUUCUGCAUUAAUGUUUUGUAUAGGAUAUGAAUCAUCUUGCGCACUGAGUUUACUCUAUUUCUGUGACUGUUUAUUGAACUUUUGACUCGUUGCUGCUGAACGUGGAAAAAUGAUUAAUUUUCUCUAAAAAUCUGUAUUUUCCCACCCACCCACACACAUUUCAUACUGAAAAUUUAAUCGAGAAAGAUUUUUUCUGUGGCGUGAAAAAUAUACAAAGUUCGUCGAUGAAGACGAAAGCAUUGCGCGGGCACUUGAUCGCCGCAACAUCUCUUCGUGCCAAGCCGAGAAAUGUUAAUUUUAGUUAAGUAAAGUAAUGGUUGUGUUUUUAUGGGUGUAUUUGUGGUGCUUUUUUUCAGUGUAUUAUGUACACAUUUUAUUGUUGGUUGGUUGUUAGCUCAAGUCAAGUUGGAUUGGCGUUUGCAUUAAGGGGGAAAAGCAGUUUUUUCACGACCGUCGCGUUGUUUGGAUUGAAUUCAAUUUCAAUCGAGUACCUCUCUCGCCGUUUUACCCACAAUACAAUUUUCGUUCAUUUAAAAGUCUCUUUUCAUGCUAAAAAAAAACACAUUCACAUAUCAAAUUGACUAAUUUAGUAGCAAUUUAAGGUGAUUUGCAGUGUAGUGUACGUACAUGUACAGUUGAAGACAUCUUGAGACUCUUUCUCCUGCACAUCUCAUGCGGUGGCCAAGACGUGGGCCCCGUGUAUGUGCUUAAGAUCAGUGAAAUGUGAUUAAAUUUCAGUGACAAGAAAUUUAAAUUUUCUCAAAAGUAUUUUGUGGUGUUUUCUGUGAAGAGAAAGAAAAUCCAUUUGUGGAGAGUUUUGUGAGAAAUCAAAAUUAAUUUACAAUUUUAUGUAAAUUCCAAUUCAAAAAAAAUUUAAAUUGUGAUGACCCCUAGUUUUUAGCUUAUCUUGUGUCUGUGUAAAGAAAAAAAAAUCCACCUGAUUUUCAUUGUGUGGGGCACGUGAAGAAUUGGUGUGAAAAAAAAGUGCGUUGUUGUUAAGUAAGAAGAAAAAAAUGAUGAUGAGACACAAUCACCUGAAGGAACCAACUUAAGGUGCAAAAGUGUGUGAGUGUGGCUGCGGUGUUGAGUUUUCUGGGGUGAAAGUGUGGAAAAUCAUGACGACACCCGAAUCCCGGAGUCAGCCAGAAAGUUUGGAUUUGGAUUAUGAUCUCUGGCAGGGCCAAUUUGAAUUUAUCGGUCCAAUAAAUACAAAUGGACGCACAUCGAGUGUCGAAGAUCUCGAUUUAAGUUGCCAACAGCACGCAUUUGACAAAAAUCGCGCCAUUCUCGUGGACGAAGAGACCUUCCUCAGUCUCAACGCCACCGAAUCAUCCACGGAAAGUGACGACGAGCACGGUGUACGAUCAUCCGGGCCCCAUUCGGGAUUUUUCAUUGAUGAUUGCGAUCGUGGUACCCCAGAUACGCUGAAAGACGAAGAUUUUACGCAUCGCAGCAACGUUGUCAGCCCAAAGGGGCUGGUGGAAGCUAGUCAAGAUAGGCUAAUAAGUGAUCUCGUUGAGAUCAAUAAUGUGAAAAAUAAUCUCAAAAAUAACAAUUUGCGUCUCAUUGCGGACAAUCAGAAACUACUGCGGACAACAACGCCCAAAUUGAAUGGCAUCAGAGCUGAAGUUUGCGAUUCUCUCAACGAACAACUCGAAUUGCUGCAGCGACAGGUAACAAAUUUGGCUGAUUCACAGAACAACGUGGAGGACAUCACGACGCGCACCAAGACGGAAUAUGCGGUCCUCCAGGCGCGCUAUCACAUGCUCGAGGAGCAGUUGCGGGAAUGUGAGAUGCGCGCCGAGGAGAGGAUCGCCGAGGAGCAGCGCAGGAAUCGUGAGCUGCUGGCACGGAUGGAGCGUGAGGCGCAACUGCAGACGGAGAAUUGUCAGAUAAAGGUGCGAACGGUGGAGAAGGAGGCGACAGCACUGCAGGAAGAGGCCCACCGGCUGCGAAUUCAGUGCGAUAAACAAGCAGCUGAUCUCCAUGCCACGGAGGAGAAGCUUGAGAUCACCAAGGAUAACUAUACGGCACUCCAGCAGGAAGUUUUGGAGCUGCAGGCGCGCGAGAAGAAGUUGCUGGCGGAGAAAGUUGCCACAGAGGAGUUGAUGCUGGAAAUGAGUCGGGAGGUGGAUCGACUGAGGAGCGAACGAGGUCCAGCCAUGCCCACCACGUCCCCGGAAUCCAUAAGACUGGAGGAGUUACAUCAGGAGCUCGAUGAAUUGCGUCAAGUUAACAAAAAUCUCGAGGAAGCCAAUGAGGAACUCCAGGCACUUGUUCUAACACGAGGCGUUGAAGAGGGAAGAAAUCUCCUCAAUGGAACAUCGAAUAGCCUGGCGCAGGAGUUGCAUGACAUGAGUCAGAGUCAGGAUGGAACAGAUGCGGCUAUGCUGACGUCACUCACGCAGCUCCAGACGGCCUAUCAGGACAAAGAGGAAGAAAAUGUGAGGCUGAAGCACUACAUCGACACCAUCCUUCUCAAUAUUGUCGAAAACUACCCUCAACUGUUGGAGGUUAAAAGCAAUUCAGUGUCAAAUGCGGGGAAUUAAUGAGAAAUUCAAUAAUUUCAAUUUCCUCAGCAAAAAAACGAUUUUUAUGAAGAGAUAUUUGUAAUUAGAAGAAAAAAAUAUUUUUAUUUGUCAUUAAAAAUGCUUUUAAUUUGAGAGUGUUAUGCGUAAAACAGAAGGAUUUAAAAGAUUGUAGAUAGAUUAAAAAAGGAAGAUUUUAUGAUUUAUGAUCAAAGGAAUAAAAAAUAAAUAAAAAACAGGACAUCCCAAUAAAGGUGAUCGUGCGAUCGUGUAAAUUGUUGAGCAAUUUAGUUUAAAAUUUGUGAUUAAAUGUGGCUAAAAAUAGGAUUAUUAAUUACUAAUUCUUGUUAUUAUUUUACAACAAUUAAUAAAAAUCAUCCCCCAAGUAGAUUAUUUUGUAAAUUAUUCAUAAAAAUGCGAACAAAUUAAUAAUAAAAAAAUAAUACUUUUGCAAAA